GCAUCAAAGCAGAGCUCAUUCUGGGCGCAGCCAGUAGGAACCUGACACGUGGCAGCACAGCAGCAGGAGCAGCGGAGCAGUUAGCACCUGCCCCAAAUGCCGCCUACCUGUCGGAGCGGUUGCAGCUGUCUGAAAGCCGAUUGGUGGACGGGGAGGGAGGGGGAGUGAUGAUGAAGUGGGAGGGGGCGCUCAUGCAAGCACACGCGCAAGCCAUCUGCCAACAGGCUGGAGUAGAGUCAGUUCGACUGGUGGAUGGGGAGGGGGGUGCUUCAAAUGGGCUGAAUGAUAAUGUGGUGGGUGGAGGCGCUUCCAUGCAGGAGCACACGCAAGCCAUCUGCCAACAGAAAGGGGAUAUUCUCAACAUUGGCUUUGGCAUGGGUUUGAUAGGCACAGCUAGGGAUGAGCAAGGGGCGAACACGAACACAUCCGGAGGGGAUGUUCUCAACAUUGGGUUUGGCAUGGGACUAAUCGACACAGCCACUGUGGCUGCCACUGCUGUUACAAACCGCCGUGCGGCUCUCUCAAACUCUUCCAACCGCUCCCAACCUCUCUGCUUUCUUCUCCCUCCGUCUCUCUCUCUCCAGGGAGGGGACAUUCUCAAUAUUGGCUUUGGCAUGGGUAUAAUAGACACCGCCAUUGCAGCUCGCAUUGGCCAAUCGGAGGGCGGCAUUCGAUCGCACACUAUAGUGGAAGCGCAUCCGGACGUUAUAGCGAGGAUGAAGGGGGAGGGGUGGCAUGAGAAGGAGGGAGUGAGGGUGGUGGAGGGGAGAUGGCAGGACGUGUUGCCACAACUGGGCCAAUACGAUGGCAUAUUCUUUGACACCUAUGGAGAAUACUACGACGACCUUCGCGAAUUCCACUCCCACCUGCCUCACCUCCUCAAGCCCAGCGGGCUCUACUCCUUCUUCAACGGCAUGUGUGGCGACAACGCCUUCUUCCACACCGUCUACUGCCACAUAGUCGCCCUGGAGCUGCAGCAGCACGUGGGGCUGACCACUCAGUUCAUCCCUCUGCCGGUGAGCCGGUGCUUGGAUGGGGACACGUGGGCAGGGGUGCGGCAUAAGUACUGGCAGCUGGAUGCUUAUCACCUGCCUGUUUGCUACCGUGAUGAGGCAGAGGAGGGGGAGGAGGGAGUAGAGGAAGGGCAGGGAGAGGGAGAGAAGAAAGGGGGAGGAAAACAGGGUGAAGGAGUGUGGUAG